CACGUGAUCAGCGGUGUCCAAUGACACGCUGAUCACAGGGAAAUGCAAGUGCCGGUUCUCGGCUGCACUUUCCUCACGCUGUCAGAUCGUGAGGAAAGUACUGCCGAGAACCGGCAGUUGUCAGAGCGAGGAUCGGCACCGAUCAUCAGGGCCACUGAUGAUCAGUGCCCUGAUGAUCGGUGCCCAGCAGUGCCACCCACAAUUGCCGGUUAUCGGCUGCACUUUCCUCACACUGUCACAGCAUGAGGAAAGUACUGCUGAUAACCGGCAAUUGU